UUAUAUGUAUGUGUAAUCUCGAUAAGGGUUAUAGCAAAAAAGGCAUCGUUGAUGAACUCUUAUUCGAAACAGAAUAAUUGUAAAAAAGCAAUGUAUGAAGCAAAUAAACUGAUGGAUGUUUUAAUAGCAUGUUAAAUUUUGGCUAAAUUCAACAGAAAUAUGCUCCACUCUACAUCGGGAAGGGGGCGCAUUGGAAUUUUAAUUGCAUGCACGUCAUUUAUAUCAUUUGGAUAUUUUGGAAAUACCAAGUACGUGGAUAUCUUCGGAAACGGACGUAAGUCUCAGACAAGCAACAGUUACAUUACUUCUUUACUUGAAUACUCCGGUGUGCCUAAUGGAAGUACUUAUCGGCAUGGAUAUGUUAAAAAUACAAUCAUGAAGACACAUAUAGCAUUUUUGAAAGUUCAUAAAGCGGGAUCAAGUACUUUGCAAAACAUAUUUUUUAGAUUUGGAUUAAAACAUAUGUUAAACGUCCUUGUUCCAAAAACAGGGAAUUUUCUCCAUGGCAGAUAUCAGAUAAUGCCUCUUAAACAAAAUGAACAUUACGAUAUAUUUGCAUGCCAUACAUAUUACAGAAAAGACAAGUUCGAAAGCCUGUUACCAGCAGAUGCAGUCAAAAUUGGAAUUGUACGUCAUCCCUUAGACAGAAUGAUAAGCUCUGCAUUUUUCUAUCGCGAGGUAUCGCGGUUUAAAUAUUUAAAGAACGUACCAAGUAAACGAUUUGUAAACAAUUUAGUUAAUUUUCCAGAGAAAUAUGACCCUAAAUAUUUUUCGUUUACGAGGAACUCAAUGGCCAGAGACUUUGGAUUUCCGAUGUUUAAACCUUCAGAUAUCAAAAAUAUUCGAGAAUAUCUAGAUAAGCUUAAUUUAGAGUUUCUGUUAAUUCUAAUACUAGAACAAUUCAACGAAUCACUUGUGUUGAUGAAGAGAUUUCUAAAUUGGGGAUUAAUAGAUAUUUUAUAUCUAGCGAAAAAUGCUCAUCAACACGAGGCUGUUUUUUUUAAUGAGACAGAAGUUGAAAAAAUUAAAAUCACUAAUUUCUUAGACUAUGAAAUUUAUGAAUAUUUUUUAAAAGUGUUUGAAAUGAAAUUGAAGAAUACUUCAAAAGACUUCUAUGACGAGGUCACAGUUUUUAAAACCGUCCUAGAGAAAGUUGGCGAGUUUUGCAACACAAAAAACGAUAAACUUGUAGUUGAAAGCUCAAAAUGGAACGACGAGUUUACAGUAUUUAUGAGAGACUGUGCAUUAAUGAAUAGAACAGAGUUAUCUUUCAUCGCUUUUAUAAGAAGAAAAUUGACUGAAAAUUGAUGGAAAUCGGACGCCAAUGCAUUUUUAAAGUUGAAAGCGCCUACAAUUUGAUUGUUUAAAAAGAGAAAGUUAUGCAAGCAGGGUAAGGGGCGGUGUUAGUGCUGGAAAUUCCUUCUUUAAAUGAUCGUGCCUUCUGGCCUAAAAUCGUAAUCCAUAGUUUUAGUCAAAUACCUUAAUCCCCAUUCAUUGCCUUAGGGUUAGGAUUAGGGUCAGGGUUAGUGCUGGGAAUUCCUUCUUUAAAUGAUCGUGCCUUCUGGCCUAAAAUCGUAAUCCAUAGUUUUAGUCAAAUAGCUUCAUCCCCAUUCAUUUGCUUUUCUUCUUUUCAUAUGUUCAAUUGAUAAAAAACAAAAUGCCGUCAAAAUGAUACCCCAGCCAUUGAUAAGGCAUUACAGACGGAAAAGUUACACAAGGAAAACACACAAGAAAGCACAAGAAAUUAGAAGUCUUCUACCUUUUAGAAAUCUGUUCGUAAAAUUGUUCAAAAUGCAUUUCUUAUCGAUCGUAUGCAUGCCUCAGUUGGGAAAUAUAUUUAUCUACAUUCUUGCCAAAGUAGAUUAGAAGGAAGACUCACAUAAAUAGAAAUAUAUUUGAAACUGUAAAAAAUCCAAGAUGGCUACCAAGACCAGAAGAUACGAAAUUUCCGAAUCUGAACCCUAAACCCUAGGGCAAUUAGGGUUAACAUUUUUUUCUACAUUCCGAAGGUGUAUAGUCCUUGAAGCAGUACGACGACUUUAAUCAAGCUUAAUUCUUUACUAAAUUUGAACAGAAAUAAAUGAUAGCUAAGAAAAUAAUGACUUCCUUCUCAACCCUGCAAACAUAAAUAACUUCAUGAAGGCCAAAAAUAUGUAUGUUAGGGUUUGUAAAUCUAAGGUCUAACAUGAAAAGAUUUUAUCAUACUUGCCGUCAAAAUGAGACCCCUGCCAUUGAUGAGGCUUACAGACAAAAAGGUUAUUAAACAAAAACAAUUUUUAAAAAGCUCCUAACAGGUCAAGUCCAGAAGAUACGAUUUUCCCCAUUUAGGGAUUUGCCUCCAGCGUACCUACAAAACCCUAAAUAUGAUAUUUAGGUGUAUUUCAGCUGUUGGUAACGUUUCUAACAGUCUUUUGUUAAUAAACUGAUUAGUGAAAAAAAGGUGUUUUUAUUAAAAACAUUGAACCUUAACUCAUCUAGCACGAUACCACAGGAACUAAGAUGACAGGGUUAGGGUUAGGGUUAGAGUUUAGGGUUAGGGUAUUAGUGUGAUGAAGAUUCCGUGAACAAAAGCGUUCACGGAAGUAUGUUUGCGCAUGCGCGAGAAAUGCAUUAUUGGUAAAAUAAGGGUAGGUAUUAGUGUGAUGAAGAGUAUGUGCGCUAUGUUCACGGAAGUAUGUUUGCGCAUGCGCGAGAAAUGCAUUAUUGGUAAAAUGGGUUAGGGUAGGUAUUAGUGUGAUGAAGAGCAUGUGCGCUAUGUUCACGGAAGUAUGUUUGCGCAUGCGCGACAAAUGCAUUAUUGGUGAAAUACUUCAUCAUGCGAUGGCGUGCUCUGAUUGGCUGAAUUCAAAGUUGUUGAUAAAGAAGACGCCAUUUUUGCAGUAGGAAUAUAGAAGUGUAAUUUUUUGGAUUUUUUGCAUUAAUGAAAAGGUAAGAAAUGUAUAGUUAAUUGGAAUUUUACGAGCAAAGAUGUUUCUGUUAGGGUUAGGGUUAGGGUAUUAGUGUGAUGAAGAUUCCGUGCACAAAAGCUUUCACGGAAGUAUGUUUGCGCAUGCGCGAGAAAUGCAUUAUCGGUAAUAUACGUCAUCAUGCGAUGGCGUGCUCUGAUUGGCUGAAUUCAAAGUUGUUAAUAAAGAAGACGCCAUUUUUGUUAUAUAGUGAAUGCAGUAGGAAUAUGGAAGUGUAAUUUUUUGGAUAUUUUUGCAUAUAGCAUAAACCUAUCCCAGGUUCAAUCCCAAACCCAAAUGAAACCCAAACAUAAACUAAACCCUAACCCAAGCAAAACCCGAAGUAAACUUAAUAUAAACCCAAACCAAACCCGAACUGUCAAUUGACAAUGACCCUUACCACAGACCGACUAUUUUGCACCAACCAAAGUCAGACCCAAACCAAAACCCAAAUCCAAUCAUUUAAUUCAUGAUUUAAGUUCAAGUCUAACGCCUCAUAGAUAUCUGUUUUUCAUACAAAUGUACAGAUUCUUUAAUUACAAAUGGAAAGUGGCAAUUUUGUUGAUAACUUACUUCAGCUUUUCCCAACAGCAAUUACUGUUUAAUUAUAACAUUAUACCCGGACUGGUAGACAUAGGAUCAAGGUGUCCAGUUACCGCAUCCAUUUGUUUAUAAAUAUGGUACAUAUUUUUAAUUUUGCCACUUUUAGAUUCAACAACAACUGCAAAAUUCAUUUUCAUUUUUGCUAUUUUGUUUAGUUGUUCAUGUACCCACUACCAAGUAGUGUUAACUUACCAGCACAUAUCACAGCAGUCCAUGAUGUAUUAAAUUUUGUUUCGUUGAAAUAUUUACAAGUACCACUGUCAUAUAUAUAAUAUAGAUUGCUGUUUUGUAUAUGUCUUUUUAGUUAUCAUCUGUUAUUGCAGAUUUGGGAACUAAUUUUACUUUUAUGAUAUGUAUAAAUGAGUGUUAAGAUGCUUUAAAACGUUAGUGUUGCUAUGUGGUUA